AUGGAGCCACGCGGCCGCCGGCGGAAGCAGCAGGCGACGGACCCGGAGCCGGAGGAGGCGAUGGGGAACAAGGAGAACAGCGCCAGCGCGGCGCCGCCACCCAAGAGGCCGCGCACGGGCCGCAAUCCCCUGGCCGAGCUCCCCACCACCGCGAACAACGCCUCGGCGUCGGCGGCGGCGCCGCCGAUUCAGGCGUCCAAGCGGACGACGCGCGCGGCGGCGAGGGAGGCCGCGGCCAAGGCGGUGGAGGAGGAGGCGCGGAAGCGGGAGGCGGCGGCCGUUGCCCCCCGCCCGGCGCCCUCGAAGCAGCCUGACGCCGGGGCGGCGCAGGCGUCGGUUGCCCCGUACGUCGGGGACAUCGACCAGUACCUGCGGUCCCUCGAGGCGGAACAGUUGAGGAGGCCGAGGGAUGACUAUAUUGGGACGAUACAGAACGACAUCAGCGCUAACAUGAGGGGGAUCCUGGUGGAUUGGCUGGUGGAUGUGGCUGACGAGUUCAAGCUUCUGGCUGACACACUCUACCUUGCGGUUUCGUAUAUUGACCGCUUCCUCACAGUGAGUGUCGUAAGCCGGAACAAGCUCCAAUUGCUGGGCGUUGCUUCGUUGCUUGUUGCUGCGAAGUAUGAAGAAAUUUAUCUUCCUAAGGUGAAUGAGUUCAGUGAGAUUACUGAUGGCACAUACACCAAACAACAGGUGGUGAAGAUGGAGGCUGACAUACUGAAAUUUCUCAACUUUCAGGUUGGGGGGCCCACCAUAAGAACUUUUCUACGGAAAUUCUUAACUUCAUGUCGUGGAGGCAAUUCUGCAAGUGCAAAAAGAUUGGAGCUUACGUGUAGCUAUCUCGCGGAACUGAGCUUGAUAGACUACGACUGCAUAAAGUUCCUGCCAUCAGUUAUCGCUGCUGCCUGCCUGUUUGUAGCCAGGCUAACAAUCAGCCCAAAGACUCGUCCUUGGAACUUGACGCUGCAACAGAGCACGGGCUACAAGGUAUCUGAUCUCAAGAGUUGCAUCUUGAGGAUACAUGAUUUGCAGUUGGGCAGAAAGUAUCCAAACCUGAAAGCCAGCAAAAGCAAGUAUGGUGACCGCAAGUUCGGGUGUGUGGCUACAGUUACUGCACCGGAAGAAAUUCCUGCAUCUUUUCUCGAAGACACCAGCAAGUGA